CUUUAUAAGACAUAGUUCAAGUAAUAUGAGCAGAUAUUUUGAUCACAAAGUUAGUCCAAUAUGUUCACAUAAUAACAGCGUUCUAGUAAAAUACGUAGAAAUGAUUUUUCCGUUAAUCCCAACUGCAAACCUUUCGAGAAUGUGAGAUCAAUAGCAUGCCUAAAAUCUAGAAAGACAUAAAGUGGCACAUUCAUAGUUAGGAAAGUAAAAACAUUAAGCGUUCUCAAAUCAACGGAGAGCUGAUUUUGACGUUUAUUAUAGUUAUAUGGAAUUUCAAUUCUAGGGCAAUUGUCCUUCUCGCAACUAGCCAACAUGACAAGAUCAAGACUUCCAUUUCCUUCAAAUUCCCUGUCAGACCCAAAUCUACCCCUACCAAGCCUUCCAGGGCCGCCUGAGCUACCGGAGAUACCUGAACUACGGAACAUACCAGAGUUACCAGAUCUAUCCAAACUCCCUACACCGCAGUAUUUCUUGCAACAUCUGCUCAAUGUGACAGCUGAAGAACUGUUGGAUGUCGUUGCAAAUUUUGGAUUCGAUGAAGUCCUCUAUAGAGAGGUGAAUUUCCUCCAUUAUCUUCCAGAUGGUACUACGACUAAAUAUAAGAUAAACGAGACAAGGUUUGACGUCAGCAAUGAUCGUCCAUUGAAGGUGGCCAUCCAUGGGUGGCAGUCAACAGGUAGCGACGACUUCAUCAAGCAUUUCGCAGAGUCAUACCAUUCGAUUGGCAUUAACAACGUGAUAGGUGUUGAUUGGUCACCCCACUCUAAAAGGAACUACCUACAUUCAGCCAGAGCCACGAAGAAAGUGGGUGAAACUGUAGCACAGUUCAUUUUAAAUGCUCUAGGAAAUGAUUCAAGCAAACUGGACCAUGUUCACAUUAUUGGACACUCGUUGGGUGCUCAGGUUGCAGGAUUUGUCGGAAAGCAUGUCCAACAGUUGACCAAUGGAUUAAAACUGGGAAGGAUCACGGCCUUGGAUGCAGCAGGUCCACUAUUUGAAUUGCCCUUGAAGUUGCCAUCCACAAGAAGAGUGAAUAAAAAUGACGCAACGUACGUGGAUAGUAUCCACACCAAUGUUGGGUUUUUUGGAUUCCUGGCACCAUUCGCAGAUGCUGACUUUUUCAUAAAUUUCGGAGGGCCUGUACAGCCUGGGUGUAUGGAACUAAAUAUUUUUGAUGCGUUUAGCUGUAGUCACGGAAAGUCCGUCGUGAUUUAUAACAACACAAUCACUUCCAAAGACUACAUCGGCAUACAAUGCAGCAAUCCAUUGAGAGCAAUUUCAUCACUUUGCAAUAAUAACCAGAGGAUUGUUCUGGGAGAACAUACCAGUAAUAGAGUAGCUGGUCAAUACUUUGCGAGAGUGGAUGUUGAUGGCCAGCCCUAUCAAAACAAUGGCAGCAGAGGGCUAAUCGGCAGGUCCAGAGAAGGCGUCUUGCAAGGAAUUGGAGGGCUUCUUAAGAUAUAAGUCAAAACAAUAAAAACAUAUUUAACCUUA